AUGGGACCGGGGAAAAUCUCCGACCCCAAACCGCCCACGUGUGUGUCUCACCCCGAGCUCCCCGACAGCGGCCGAAGGACCUCGAAGUCUGCGCCGCGCCUCCCGACCCCCGCCCACCCCGGCGUCGCCCCCUGCGGCUGGGCUUCGCGUUCCCUCGGGGGUUCAGAGCCACCACGUGACUUCCACGACGCGCCGAGCCCCAGCGGAAAGCCGCGACAGGGGUGGGAUGUGGGACCCCGGGAGCGAGCACAGAGCAGGGCAGGGCCAGGGACCUUGACACCACAUCUCACCAGAUGUUUCCCCCAGAGCCCUGAGGAUGAUGACAGGAAGGUCCGAAGGAGAGAGAAAAACCGAGUUGCUGCUCAGAGAAGUCGGAAGAAGCAGACACAGAAGGCUGACAAGCUCCAUGAGGAACAUGAGUGCCUGGAGCAAGAAAACACAGUGCUGCGGAGAGAGAUCGGGAAGCUGACGGAGGAGAUAAAGCACCUGAGUGCGGUGCUAAAGGAGCACGAGAAGACAUGCCCACUGCUGCUCUGUCCCAUGAACUUUGUGCCACUGCCCCGGCCGGACCCUGUGGCUGGCUGCCUGCCCCGAUGAGGCCCCAGGACACUCCUCUGCCCAGCGAGGAGCCUCAGUUGUUUUUGAAUCUGGGAGGAAGUGCUUCGUUCCGGAGCUGCACAUGGGAAGACCUGUGGUCAGGUCCCCUCCUGGGCCACCGUGUCCUCCCUCAGCAGACACGACACCUGCAGGCCCUGCCUCUCAGCCCAGAGCAGAUACGGUGCGAGGGCCGCCUCAGGAGGCACUUCUCAUACCUUUGGCAGCUAGUAGGUUCUGCUGUUAUGCAGAAUCGCAUCCUCUAGAACUUGGAUAAUAAAGGUGAUUCUCUCCUUUCCAAA